AACAAUCCUUCCUCAUAAUAUCGCUCGUUAGAACAUGCUCGUGCGUUUAGUGAAACGUAUUUCCAUACUGCAAAGAAACUAAGAGUCCUUUCCGACAUAUAAAUCAUAGAACUUGAUAAUGUCGUUUCUUCGACGACCUCUGAUUAAUAUUUGCCGAAUGUGCCAAAUACAAACUGUAAAUAAAUUAAAUAAAGGCAGCAUAUACAAUAUACACAGGAAUAUAUUUUAUACAAAAUUUAACAAAUGUACGAAUAGUAGUAAUUCUAACGAUAUAAAAAAUCCGGGAUUAUCCUUCACGUCAAAUGAAAAUAAAAUUGAAACAUCUAUAUCAACCAGUGGCACAGAGUAUGACGAGAUGAUUCGAUUUAUUGAAGAUGAGCCAGACACUAGCGAAGAGUUACGAACUUUAGAGGAUUUAACCAUUGAUGAACUAGAAGAGAUCUAUGAUUAUGAUGAAGUAAGCGAAACUAAUAUGGAUUUAGGAGAUGAAAGAGAAGUUACUUAUCCCAUCAAUCUUGAAAGAGGUGUCGAAGGAGUUUUCGAUCUCGGAGAAGUGAUAGAACUCUUAAAAGCUGAAAAUAUGACGAAUAUUGCUUGCAUUAGGAUUCCCCCGGAAAUUAAUUACGCCAGUUAUAUGGUUUUAACUUCGGCAAAAUCUACCCGUCAAAUCAGAGCUGUUUCCGAGUUAUUCCAAAUUCUUUGGAAAAAGAAACGAAGUAAAAGAGAUCGAAAAUUCUUAAGGGUAGAAGGGAAAAAUACUACUGACUGGUACGCUUUAGACAUGGGUAAGGAAAAGUAUGACUUGGAAACGUUAUGGACAGUGGGGAGUCACUUGGAAAAAGACGAAGAGUUGAUUAAACCAGACUCUUUCAUGUCUUUCUUAUCGGGCACAUCCGGAAAUGAAACUAGUGAACCAUCUAAUAAAACUUUUGGAGAAGAAGAAAGCAGGAAAAUUGACUUGGAAGGUUGGGACAACCCGAAUUGGCAUAAUGAUAAAGUACCCUAA